CCUGAAGGCAUCAAACUCUUUGCAGUAAUUGGGAAGGCUAUACUGACUGGCUAUUUCAGUCCAUAUUUCCCUUAUUUAAACUACUUUGGGAGUAUUUUGAGGGACAACAGGCUGUAUUGUUCUACAUGAAAAAUCUAUUCUAGUGGAAUAGGUACUUGACAUAGGGUUUUAAAAUGAAGUAUAUUUUGCUGCUAGUCUCAUACAAACAGGAGCAGGACACAGACAACUGCAACUAAGACAGAACUUCACUAACGUGUGUACAGAAGGAGUUCCCAUUUUCAUAACACUAUGGCAGGAUGUUCCCCAUGUCAGAGUUUGAAGGAAAAAUGCAAGUCGCGGGGACUGAUCCUCUUUGUGAUUACUGUGGUUAUGUUUGUGGAUUGCAUUCUGUUCUCAAUUGUCGCUCCAAUAGCCCCGGCUAUUCUUUUUGACACCGAGUUUGGUAUAGAAAACACAACUAUAACAUUUCACAAUGCCUCCAGUUCUUCUUCUGUUCUUCUUUCAAAUCAUUCAAUUAAUGAAAACUCAAUAAAAGAACCAUACCAUGACCAGAUCAUUAAUAGUACAGAAAGUACUGGAAAUCAAACAGACUGCUACCAAGCAAAGGAAUAUUUAAAUGAAGAGAAUGUGCGAGUGGGACUUCUCCUAGCAAUUAAAGCCAUACUGCAGCUUGUGACAAACCCCAUAGUGGGUAAACUUAUUAACAGAACUGGAUAUGAUGCACCACUGUUUUGGGGCACUAUCAUUAUGUUUUUCUCCACUAUUAUGUUUGCCUUUACCAGUUCAUAUGCCUUUCUUUGUGUGGCCCGGGGGUUGCAGGGAAUUGGAUCAUCCUUUACCACAGUGUCAGCUAUGGGCAUGCUGGCACAUGUAUUUCCAGAUGAUGCUGAAAGAGGGAAAGCCAUGGGAUUUGCGAUGAGUGGUGUUGCCAUUGGGCUGCUUGCGGGGCCUCCAUUUGGUUCUACCAUGUAUGAGUUCAUUGGAAAGUCUUCUCCAUUUCUGGUUAUUGCAGGCUUGGCUCUUCUAGAUGGAGCACUGCAGCUUUUUAUACUUCAACCUAAAAAACUGACCCCAAUAUCUGUUCCUGCAACACCCUACAGAAAUCUUCUUAUGGAUCCUUACAUUUUGGUGGCAGCAGUGGCUCUCUGUAUUUGUAAUCUUUCAUACGGCAUCCUGGAGACAACUUUACCCAUUAGGAUGAUGGAAACCAUGUGUGCCCCCCGCUAUCAACUUGGACUGUCUCUUCUACCCUGUGUGGUCGCUUAUCUCAUUUGUCUGAAUGCAUUUGCGGGGUUUUCACUAAAAAUUGGGAGGUGGCUUUGCAUUCUGCUUGGAAUCAUCAUUCAAGGGAUCAGUGUUAUGUUAAUGCCUUUAGCUUUAAAUAUUUAUGGACUCAUUGGACCUAGUGCUGCACUUGGAAUUGGCUUUGGAUUGAUGGAGACAUCAGUUAUGCCACUCAUGGCACAACUGGUAGAUUUACGGCACACUUCUAACUAUGGAGGCAUCUACGCCAUCUCUGAUAUCGCUCUUUGUAUUGGUUAUGCACUGGGCCCAUCAUGUGGAGGAGCCAUCGCCAAAGUUGUUGAGUUUGAAUGGUUAAUGAUUAUAUUAGGUAUAAUAAACCUGGUUUUUGCUCCUGUCUUAAUUUUAUUGCGCAAUCCACCUGGAAAAGAGGAGACAAAGCCUGUACUAAGCCAAGAGGGGAAGCAAGACUCAUGAUGCUAAAGAUGUUUUCCUAGAUACAGUAUGUGCCUCACAGAUACCAGUGGAGAGAAGAUUGUAUCUAUAAUAAGGACAAACCACAACAAUACUCAUUUAU